AAGUUGGACGCCCCUGACCUGUGCGAAGGCCAAGUCAGUCCCAUCCCAGCGAAGCCAAGCGAGGCGACCCCCGUGUGGCCAUGGCCUCGCUGCUGGGAAACUACCCGUGGCCCGAAGGGCUUGAGUGCCCGGCCCUGGAAGCCGAGCUGUCGGAUGGGCUAUCCCCGCCGACCGCUCCGCGCGCCCCGGGGGACAAGGGCUCCGAGAGCCGCAUCCGGCGGCCCAUGAACGCCUUCAUGGUGUGGGCCAAGGACGAGAGGAAACGUCUGGCAGUGCAGAACCCAGACCUGCACAACGCCGAGCUCAGCAAGAUGCUGGGGAAGUCAUGGAAGGCCCUGACGCUGUCCCAGAAGAGGCCCUACGUGGAUGAGGCCGAGAGGCUGCGUGUGCAGCACAUGCAGGACUAUCCCAACUACAAGUACCGCCCCCGCAGGAAGAAGCAGGUCAAACGGCUCUGCAAGCGAGUGGAUCCUGGCUUCCUCCUGAGCUCCCUCUCACGUGACCAGAAUGCCCUGCCUGAGAAAAGGAGUGGGAGCCAGGGUUCUCUAGGUGAGAAGGAGGAGAGGGGUGAGUACUCCCCCGGCACCGCCCUGCCCAGUCUCAGGGGCUGCUACCACGAGGCGCCAGCUGGCAGCAGUGGCGGCACCACAGGCAGUGUGGACACCUACCCAUACGGGCUGCCCACGCCUCCAGAAAUGUCUCCCCUGGACGCACUGGAGCCGGAGCAGACCUUCUUCUCCUCCCCCUGCCAGGAGGAGCAUGCUCACUCCCAUCGAAUCCCACACCUGCCAGGGCCCCCAUAUUCCCCCGAGUAUGCCACCAGCCCCCUCCACCGCAGCCAUCCCCUGGGCUCCCUGGCCCUCAGCCAGUCCCCAGGCGUCUCUAUGAUGUCCACUGUACCCGGCUGUCCCCCGUCUCCUGCCUAUUACUCUCCUGCUACCUACCACCCUCUCCACUCCAACCUCCAUGCUCAUCUGGGCCAGCUCUCCCCUCCUCCUGAGCACCCUGGCUUUGAUGCCCUGGAUCAGCUGAGCCAGGUGGAACUCCUGGGGGACAUGGAUCGCAAUGAGUUCGACCAGUAUUUGAACACUCCUGGUCAUCCAGACUCUUCCACAGGGGCUGUGGCCCUCAGUGGACAUGCCCCGGUCUCCCAGGUGACACCAGCAGGCCACACGGAGACCAGCCUCAUCUCAGUCCUGGCUGAUGCCACAGCAACGUACUACAACAGCUACAGUGUGUCAUAG